AUGACGUUGGAUGCAGUGGAAGUUUUGGUACAAGAAAGUCUCAAUGAAGAAGAACUAGAGGAAGUGCCAGAAGAAAAAUCUGUAUCAAUCAAUGAAACUGUAGUAAUCCAACCAAUUGAAGACCUUACUUCAAGCACAUUAGAAGGAAAGACGGAAGGGAAUGAAGCUCCAAAACUUGAACUGAAAGCACUACCUUCUACACUCAAGUAUCCAUGCUUGGAAAGUGAUGAAAGCUAUCCAGUAAUCAUCAAUUCUACCCUCAGUCAAGAACAAGAGGAAGAGCUAAUCAAAGUACUGCAACAGCAUCAAGAUGCCAUUGGAUGGACUCUUGCUGACUUAAAAGGGAUAAGCCCUUCCGUGUGUAUGCAUAAGAUUCUGUUGAAAGAAGAUGCCAAGCCUUCCAUUCAACACCAAAGAAAGAUGAACCCAGCCAUGAAAGAAGUGGUGCAAAAGGAGGUUAUGAAGCUGUGGCAAGCAGGGGUAAUCUACCCAAUCUCAGAUAGCCCCUGGAUAAGCCAUGUUCAAGUAGUCCCCAAAAAGGGAGGAAUCAUUGUUGUGCCAAAUGAAAGAAAUAAACUGAUACCAACAAGAACAGUAACCGGAUGGCGUAUGUGCAUAGAUCAUAGAAAACUCAAUGAAGCCACAAGGAAAGAUCAUUUUCCCUUACCCUUCAUGGAUCAAAUAUUAGAGAGACUUGCUGGACAUGAAUAUUAUUGCUUCUUGGAUGGAUACUCAGGCUACAAUCAAAUUAUGGUGGACCCUAAAGAUCAAGAGAAGACUUCCUUUACUUGUCCUUAUGGUGUCUUUGCAUAUAGGAGAAUGCCCUUUGGAUUAUGUAAUGCACCCGCAACAUUCCAAAGAAGGUUUAUCAGAGGUUUUUUAAAAAUUGCCAAGCCAUUGAGUAACUUACUUGUCUCUGAUACACCUUUUGUAUUUGAUCGAAAAUGCAUGCUAGCUUUUGAAGAUCUAAAAAGGAAACUUUUCUCAGCUCCUAUUAUUGCCCCACCUGACUGGGAUUUGCCGUUUGAAUUGAUGUGUGAUGCAUCAGAUUUUGCUAUUGGGGUAGUGUUAGGACAAAGAAAAGGCAACCUAGUGCAUGUCAUAUACUAUGCCAGCAAGGUCCUUAAUGACACUCAAAAGAAUUACACCACCACUGAAAAGGAAUUGUUGGCAAUAGUGUUUGCAUUUGAUAAAUUUAGAUCAUACCUCAUUGGCUCUAAAGUGAUUGUUUUUACUGAUCAUACAUCACUUAAAUACUUAUUUGCCAAGCAAGAAUCAAAACCAAGAUUGAUAAGAUGGAUCUUGUUGUUGCAGGAGUUCAAUAUUGAGAGUAGAGAUAAGAAAGGAGCAGAGAACAAGGUAGCAAAUCAUCUCUCAAGAAUUCCUUGUGAAGAAGAAGACACAGAAAGCCCAAGUGUAAAUGAGAGUUUUCCUGAUGAACAACUAAUGAUGGUUCAUAAGGCACCUUGGUUCACAGAUAUUGCAAAUUUUAAAGCCACUGGGGAAGUGCCUCCGGACUUCAACAAACAUCAUAGAAGGAAGCUCAUUAAUGAUGCUAAGUAUUUCAUCCGGGAUGAACCAUACCUUUUCAAGAAAUGUGCAGAUGGGAUACUUAGAAGAUGCAUCUCAGAGGAAGAAGGACGGGAAAUCUUAUGGAAUUGCCAUGGGUCUUGUUGUGGAGGACAUUUUGGAGGGGAAUGGACAGCAGCCAAGGUGUUGCAGUGUGGUUUCUUUUGGCCCACCAUCUUGAAGGAUGCAAAAGAGCUAGUAAGUAGCUAUAAUGAAUGCCAGAGAGCUGGGAAUUUGCCCAAAAGAAAUGAGAUGCCACAACACUACAUCCUAGAACUUGAAUUAUUUGAUGUAUGGGGGAUUGACUUCAAGGGACCAUUCCCAACCUCAUACUCAAAUAAGUAUAUCCUGGUGACCAUAGACUACGUAUCAAAAUGGGUGGAGGCAAUUGCAACUCAAACAAAUGAUAAAAAAGUGGUCAUGAACUUCCUCAGAAAGAAUGUCUUUAGCAGAGUUGGAGUUCCCAGAGCACUUAUCAGUAAUGGAGGAAGCCAUUUCUGCAACAAACCAUUAGAGACUCUCCUCUUGAGAUAUGGAGUAAAGCAUAAUGUGGCCACACCUUAUCACCCCCAAGCAUGUGGGCAAACAGAGAUAUCCAACAGAGAGCUAAAAAGGAUCUUGAAAAAGACUGUGGGAGCUUCUAGAAAAGACUGGUCAAAAAAACUGGAUGAUGCUCUUUGGGAAAAGGAAAAGAAGAAACAUGAUCUCAACUUGGCACCAAGAAGCUUUGAAGAAGGUCAGAGAGUGCUCCUUUACAACUCCAGGCUAAAGUUGUUUCUUGGGAAGCUAAAGUCAAGGUGGUCAGGACCAUUUCUUGUCACUAAGGUAUCACCUUAUGGACACAUAGAAAUCAUGGAAGAAAGCUCACAAUGGACCUUCACUGUGAAUGGACAAAGGCUCAAGCAUUACUUGGGUGAUAGGGGGAAGGUCCCAAUAUGA